AUUGCUACCUUAAUUUAAUAAAAUAAACUCUUUCCUUUUUUUCAUUUUCUAUUUUCUUCUCCCUCUAAAAUAGAAUCACUAGUGGAUGAGGAUUUCAGGAUAAGACCUAACCAUCCACCUCCCACCCCCACCCCACCCCCCCAACACCCCACCCCUCCACCAAUUUUAUCUCAUCAUUUAUUAUAUAUCCAUCCAACAAAGAAUAUUCAACACUCAAAUCCCUUUUUUCUUAAACUUCUCUCUCUCGUUAAGAUCCAAGAUUAUAAAUAACUAAAAGAAAGACAUUUUAGCUUGUGUGUGUAUUAAUAUUUUAGUUCUCUCCUUUUGUAGUGAUCCAUACUUUGCUGUAAGGGAUUUUCUCACACAGUAUAUUCUUCUCCAAUUCUGCUUAGAUCCCAUCUCCAAUGGAGAAGAUAUGAUUCCGGGCUCCGUUUUUAGCAAGCACCCUCUUCCCAAAACGUGAUCUUUUUCAUGAUCAUCACUUUUGCUUGAAUUUUUUUGAUUUGGGUUUCUGUGGGUAGUGAGCAAAUAUGCCGACGAGAGUGAUGAACAAAGAUGGUGGGUUUGUUCAUGGGAUUAGUGAGAUUUACGGUGGAGAUCAGAGGUUCCUUGUGGAGAAAAAGGUUAUGUUUAAGGAUGUUAGAGAGGGACACAAAGAAGAAGAAGAAGAGGAAAGUGGGAAAAUUGGGUUGUUGAAGAAUAAUUCUUGCAAGAAUAUUAGUUGCUCAGAUGAAUCAUCAUCUUCUAUAGGGAAAAACAGUGAUCUCUCUGAGAAUUCGUUGGAGAAAUCUGGUGAUGGUGAAGAGGUGCAGAGCUCCUAUAAAGGGCCCUUGAACGCCAUGAAAGCUUUGGAGGAAGUUUUGCCAAUAAGGAGGGGUAUUUCGAGGUUCUACAACGGCAAAUCGAAGUCGUUUGCGAGUCUCGGAGAGGCAUCAUCUUCAUCCUCCAUUAAAGAGAUCGCGAAGCCAGAGAACGCGUACAUGAGGAAACGGCGAAACCUCCUCGCCUCCAACCUCGUUUUGGAGAAGACGCGAGGCUCCCCGUUGAGGGGCAAUGGGGGCGGCAUAUCAAAGAGCUCGGCCGCGUCCAGAACCACCUUGGCUCUGGCCGUGGCCAUGAGCAACUCGGAGAGCCAAUGCAAUUCUCCGGGUGGCUCGUCAUCGCCAAGGAAUGGCGUUGCUAUCUCGAACUCGAAUCCGAAUGGAAUGGCGUUGAAGCCGUCCGGAUAGAAGGGGGAUUAACUUGAAAAUGAUGCUUAUUUUUGUGUAGAAAACUGAUGUUCGACAUCGAGGGAUAGAAAUUUUGUAUGUAACUGGAAAUCUUUGGUGAUUAUAAUUAUGAAAUUUGGAGUGUA